AUGUGUUUGGCUAAGAACGAGGAAUCACCGCAAAAGGAGGCGUCACCACGUUCGCCUUGGGCGAAGCUUCUAAGUCGCCAGAGCUCAAAGCCACGACUUCCAAGAAAGGUGACAUCGUCUACGCGAGUGAAUCUCAAUAGGUGCUGGUCGAAGUUGGGAGAGUUGAUUUCCAACUCGCCGCCCCGCACUGACCUACCAUCGCAAAAGACUGCUUACCCGGAAGAGCCGGUCAUUGUACCGUUUUCCGAAUACUUUUACCCUCUGGAGCCGGUGAAACCGGCAUUUGUCGAAGACAACGAUAACGUAGAAAACCAAAACAUUCAAAACUCCAGCCGCUUCGAGCUGGUUUCCGAAGAGGAGAUCAACGACAAUAUGGCGAACGAAGUCCGCGAGAUUUGCUACACCGCCAACCAGAACUGCGUCGUAUGUAAAAUUUGGUAUUAA